GAUCCGCAGCCGAUUCGAUUCCGAAGUCACUUCCGCGUGUGUUUUACGUCGAGCUCGUGUCAAAUAAAUUAAAACACCAAGAACCGAUACGCCGCAAUGGACCGAAAGCCCAUUGAAGCGAUAUUGUUUGAUUUAGACAACACACUCAUUGAAACUGCACUUGCAUCCCGUGUUGCAAUAGAAAAGACAAACGACUACCUGCGGAAGACACGGGGCCUUGCUGACGUCAGCUUGGGCCACAUCAGUGAAAAGUUCAAACACAAACUGCAGCACGAGACCUUUGACCCAACGUCAGGCGGCUCUAUAGACGAGCUGCGGGUGGACCACUGGGAGCAAAGCAUCCAGGAGGUCGCCGGCAGUUGUACCAGAUCGUUGGCUGAUGAAUGCUACUACCUCUGGAAAAGCAGCCGUUUGGAGCUUCUCAGCCUCAGCCCGGAGACAUGCGCCCUGCUGGAGGCUCUGAGAACUAGAUACAAACUGCUUCUGCUCACCAACGGGGAGACUCAGACGCAGAGAGAGAAGAUAAUCGCGACGAAAUGCGAGAAAUUCUUCGACUUUAUCGUAGUGGGAGGUGAAUUUCCGGAGCAGAAGCCAGCUGUUUCCAUCUUCAACCACUGCUUCACAGUGCUUGGCGUAGAGGCGAAGCGUUGCGUGAUGGUUGGGGACUCUCUGGAUACAGAUAUACAGGGGGGCUUUGAUGCUGGGGUGCGAGCUACGGUUUGGAUUAAGAACUCUGGAGCGUCGCAAGACGUAUGUACAGCGAAGCCCGACUAUACCAUUCCUACUGUGCUAGACUUGCCGGGCAUCUUGGUAGAAUUUAAUGAAUAAAAUUUACCUUAGGUGCAGAAGGACUGCCAAAUUAUAUGAUUCAUAAUUAGGUCAGGGUGAAUGUCAACAUCACAACACUACAUUUAAAUAUAAUCUCUUGAAUAAUAGCCGUCUGUGUGUGCGUUUAUUAAAAUACUUGAUCAAUCAUAAACAGCUUUUAUACUGUAGUCUUUAUUACUCUCUUCAGCAGAAUUUGAAAUAGCAUAAUCAUACAUAGAAACGCCCCUCUGUUUGUUAUGUUACAGAAAUGAACAUCUUAUAAAAUCGAUGAUAUGAUGCAUCUUUCAACCCCUAUCCCCCAUCAUAGAGCCUUCUCAUCCAUCUUUAACCAUUGCAUUCAAACCAGCUUCACAACCCGUCUUCAACAUGGCUGGUGUUGUUUUGGCUGAAUUCCACGUAUAGAAAAAUAUCUUAAAUACAACAUCACAAAAUC